ACUCCCUAGUGUAAUUUUCAGACACAGCUAUAGAAAAACAUGGAAUCAUUAAUAAAAAUAAAUUCUAAACUAGAUUAGGACUAGUACCUGUACGAGAACUAGGUAGCACUACAUAAUCGUCAAGCCUCAAGCUUUUAUUUUUUAUUUUUUAUUUUUAGUUUUCGACCAAACAAAGCAUUAAAGCAUGAACAUGCCCUCUUCAUUUUCCAAUUUCGUUGCUCAAUUGGGUCUCUUGCAUUUUUGCUUCAUCUUUCCCUCUGCUUUUGCAUUCAUGACAGGGAAGUAGAGUAGCUUUAACUGGCAGCGUUUGGACUAAUGUCAAAGUAGGAGGUUCUUCAAGCAUUGAGUGAUUUUUCACAUUUCUAGAUGGGUUCAUUUUUGAGUUUGGCUGUUCCAAAGAUUAGGACGAGGGACUACAAUGAGAUAUGUCAGAAUGAGAACUGCAAGAGGCAAAGAAUGUCAUCAAGCUUUGAUGAGGAUAGCACAAGGCUGAUUCCGAGUCUUCCUGAUGAGUUAUCAAUCCAGAUUAUUGCUAGACUUCCUAGAAUUUCCUACUUCGAUGUGCGGUUGGUGUCGCGGAAGUGGAUGGCAACUGUUAUGAGUCCUGAACUAUUUAAAUUAAGAAAGGAGCUUGGAACAACAGAAGAGUGGCUAUAUUUAUUGACUAAGGUUGAAGAAGAUAAACUUCUGUGGCAUGCUUUGGACCCUUUGUCAAGAAAAUGGCAGAGGUUGCCUAUGAUGCCCAAUGUUGUUUAUGAAGAUGAAUCUAGGAAGGGUUCCUCUGGGCUUUGGAUGUGGAACAUGGUUGGUCCAAGCAUAAAAAUUGCUGAAGUUAUUAGAGGCUGGCUUGGAUGGAAGGAUUCAUGGGAUCAAAUGCCAUACUGUGGUUGUGCUAUUGGAGCUGUUGAUGGAUGCCUUUAUGUGCUUGGUGGAUUCUCUAGAGCUUUGACCAUGAAAUGUGUUUGGAGAUUUGAUCCAAUUCAAAAUGCUUGGACUGAAGUGACUUCGAUGUCUACAGGUAGAGCGUAUUGUAAGACAAGCAUUUUAAAUGACAAGCUAUAUGUGGUUGGAGGUGUUAGUCGGGGCCGAGGUGGUUUGACUCCUCUUCAGUCUGCUGAAGUUUUUGACCCCUCAAUGGGGACAUGGUCCCAAGUUCCAAGCAUGCCAUUCUCAAAAGCGCAAGUGUUACCCACCGCCUUUUUGGCUGACAUGCUAAAGCCUAUGGCCACUGGGUUGACUUCAUACAUGGGAAGGUUAUGCGUCCCUCAAAGUUUGUAUUCAUGGCCCUUUUUUGUUGAUGUUGGGGGAGAAAUUUAUGACCCUGAAACAAAUUCAUGGGUUGAAAUGCCAAAUGGUAUGGGAGAGGGAUGGCCUGCACGGCAGGCAGGUACAAAACUGAGUGUUGUAGUAGAUGGUGAAUUAUAUGCAUUUGAGCCUUCUAGUUCCCUAGAUAGCGGUAAAAUCAAAGUAUAUGAUCAAAGAGAAGAUGCUUGGAAAGCUGUUAUUGGAAAAGUCCCUAUUUAUGAUUUUGCAGAUUCAGAAUCUCCAUAUUUACUUGCUGGUUUUCAUGGAAAGCUUCAUGUCAUUACAAAAGAUGCCAGGCAUCACAUUGCAGUUCUCCAGGCUGAUCUGUGUUCUUCACCAUCAAGCUCCACUUCUCUCUUUGCUACCUCCUUAAAUGAGCAUUCUGACACAGUGGCAGAAUCUGAUGCUGUGGUUUGGAAGGUCAUUGCUUCUGGAGAUUUUGGGUCUGCUGAGCUGGUCAGUUGUCAAGUACUUGAAAUUUAGCAUCAUAUUAUGCUUAUAGGCUAACAAACCCUUAAGAUAUUGGUUUCUUGGCUAUAUGGUGAUCUGGAUGGUGAAUUACAGUUGGGUGCCACGAUAUUGAUAAGUGUUUUAUAAUAUGUUUUCAUUCGUAUAUAAAGAAACAUUAUAUGAUUUGUACGAACUGUCUGAUGAGGCAGCUACUUCAUGUUUGCAAAUUAAAUUAUAAUAGCCAGAAGAUCAUUGGCAAGUUUUUA